UGAAGGUUUCCAUCCAUUUAAACCUACAUUACGUUUUCUAAAACUAUAUCAUUGUUUGGAUAGUCUUGAAUAUUAGUGAUUCCGUCAAGGCAGUAUGAAAAGGUAGACAACCAGGAGGCUGGAAGAACACAGGAAGCUAGGCAACAUCAGAGAUGCGUGACACUCUGUGGACUCUCAAGCUCCAGAAAUUUGAAAUGGGUUGCGAGGGCAAGGAAGGUGGAGUGCAGCUCAUGUCACGUCGCUGCUAAUCCGGAAAUACUCCCAGCAUUUUCUGAAAAAAGCAUUUUGCAAGAUAUAAAAUAGGAAAACUCUUAUUUCGUCAGUCUAAACUUUUUUUUGUUCAUUCAUAGGAUGUGGGCGUUGCUGGCUUGGCCAGCAUUCAUUGCCCACACCUGACUGCCCAGAGGGCAAUUGAGAGUUUACUACAUUGCUGUGGGCCUAUAGUCACGUCGGCCAGACCAGGUAUGCAGCAGCAUCUCUUAUGAUGGCUUCUUUGCUGCAUCGUGAAAGUCAAGCCGCUGGCAGUUUUAGCAGCAGUAGCAAGAAAACAAGAAAGAAGUUUGGGGCAACUACUCCACCAUUUAUUGACUAUCUGAAAGAGAUUCUGCGUAGAUAUCCUGAUGGUGGCCAAAUUCUGAAGGAACUUAUUCAAAAUGCAGAUGAUGCUGAGGCUAAGGAGGUGGUGUUUAUAUUUGAUGAACGAACAUAUGGGUCAACAUCUGUGUUUAUGAAGGAUCUUAAAAAGUUUCAAGGCCCAGCUCUCAUAGUUUAUAACAAUUCUGUAUUCUCAGAAGAGGAUUGGCAUAGUAUUCAAACUACAGGAAUCAGUAAAAAGCGUAAUGAUCCCAGCAAAGUUGGCCAAUUCGGCCUUGGAUUCAAUACUGUUUAUCACAUUACAGAUUUGCCAAGUAUAUUCAGUGGAAAAUACAUUGGUAUAUUUGACCCACAAGAAAAGCUGUUUGGAGAACAAGAAGCUGGAUAUAUAUGGUCUCUUGAUGACCUAGAGGACAGGAAAGCUCUUGAAAACUCCAGAGAUCAGUUCAGACCAUUCAGAUAUGCCAUGGAAGCGACUGGGACCAUAACAUGGGCGAACGCAUUAAAAGAACAUUAUUUCAAUGGAACUUUAUUUAGAUUUCCUUUGAGAACCGAACCUUCAGAAAUAUUAGACAACUUGUAUGACAAAGCAAAGAUCUUUGAUCUAUUUGACUCCUUCCAAGCAGAUGAAGAUAUGAGUCUCCUGUUUCUCAGAAAUGUUACUUCUGUCUGUAUUAAGCACAUUGACACCAGUGGAAAUGUAAAAGUCCGUUUAGAAAUAGCUGCUUUGCAGCCUGAGUACAUUCCAAGUUUUAAUAAUAACCUCAAUGUUGAAAGGCAGGAAGUAAUCUCCAGUGUUAAAUCUUCUACCUGCAUCAAAGCUAUUUCACAUCGCAUUGCAACAGAAGAACAUCACAGUCACUGGUUAAUAACAAAUUGUACAGGCAACACAGGUGUAUGGGCUAACUUAGAUGAUUUGGCUGAGAAGUUAAGUUAUACUCCAUAUGUUGGAUUGGCUUUUCCAUUAACUAAAGGUGAAACCAUAAAGACUGAAACAAGAGCAAACUUCGAAGGGCGUCUUAGUUUCUUUCUACCACUCCCAAAUAAUGAGGCCAACAAGACUGGACUACCUGUCCAUAUAAAUGCCUUCUUCGGACUUUCAGACAACCGAAGACAUAUCAAGUGGAUUGAAUCAGACCAGAGAUAUGAUGAAGCAGCCAAGUGGAAUGAGCUAUUGAUAGAGAAAAUCCUUCCAUGUGCAUACUGCCAAUUUAUCCUCGAUGCUAUUACUCUGGCUCAAACCUCAGUGCUAAAACCCUCAUCAGUAUAUCGUUUAUGGCCAGACUUUGACAAAAUGAAUCAUAAAGAACGUUGGGUUAAGAUAACUAAGGAAACUAUCAAGCGUUUGUUGGAACUUAAUGUUCUUUGUUUGGCUGCCUGUGAAGAAAAGUGGAUAAGAGCUGACAAAGCUAUGUUCUUGGAGUGCGAUGAUCGACGUGACGUAAGACAGGCGAUAGAGAAUGUUUUGAUAAAAGAGGCUCAACCUUUGGUUAGAGUCCCAAGUCAUGUGUUUAAAGCCAUAUUAUUCACUUUGGAAGAUAAAAGUUACUUAAACAUGGUCACGCCAGCAUCUUUAAGAAACAUACUUCAGCAUUGUGAUAUGUACGGUAUUCCAUAUGAACAAAAAUUAAUGCUUCUGGAGUAUGUUCUAAGUGAUGAGCAAUACAGUUCCCUUAACAACCUUCAACUCCUACCAGUCAGCAAUGGAUCUUUUGUGAAGUUCCAAAUUAGUUCAUCUGAUGAGCCUGUAUUUACUGACUCAAUCAAAUUUCCACGAAUUUUACUUCCGGGUCUUAAGAGAAGUUUUCUGCCUGAAGAUCUCGGUGAUGCAUUGCAGCAACACCUAAAGAAGAUUGCAUAUAAUCAAAUAUUUUCAAACCUCAUUUGCUUGGAUGCGGAUACUGUUACACGGCACAUUAGGAAAGCUCUACCAGAUAAUUGGCUUAAAAAGGUUGGUCAUGUGACAUGGGUCAUCACAGAUACUCAACACCCUCCAAUACAAUGGCUUGCACAAUUCUGGGAUUUUCUGAAUAAGAAUUGUAAAACUCUAGAUAAAUUUGAAGGGUUGCCACUUAUACCACUCAGUUCUCUUAGGGAUUGCAUGGACAGUGUCCAGCUAGCACAUUUGUCCAAGAAUAUAACUAUUAUAUUUCACAUGCAAAAUGGUUACAAGUUACCAGAUACAAUUGCCAGUAUAAUUACAAGAGCUGGAGGUAGUGUAGUUCAAAGCUGUGAUGAAUUUCUAAAGCAUCAGCAGUUAGCAAAAUAUGUAUUUUUACCAAGCCCAAAUAAUGUUUUGAAACUGUUUUUGAAUCUGGGUUGUGAGCAAGUAGUAAAGGAGAUUGGUUCUAUGUCAUUUGAAGACAGAAGAGCAUUGAGAAGUUUUCUUGCUGAAGCAUCUGUAUUUGAUACUGACGAGGUAAAUAUAUUAUUCAAGUUGCCAAUCUUCCGACAAAUGACAUCUCUCAGAUCAACAAAUAAAGAGCUUGUUACAGCAGGAACAUAUGGAGCUUUGAGUAAUGAUGUUUACCCGGAGAUUCCAGAUGAUAUGCCUUUACCUGAAAUUGUACUUAAGUGUGUUGAUGAGAAGGACAGGAGGCUCAUGUUGAUGAGGGGAAAAUUACUGACCACAGCAGAUGUUGCAUUGCUCAUGUUGAAGGGAGUGGAAACCCAAAAGUAUGAACUUCAACAAAUUGAAAAGGUGAUGCUCUGGUUUCUAAAAAAUAGUGGAAUACUUUUUAAACAAAAACCAGAGUUAUUCAACAAGUGCAAAACACUUCGGUUUUUGACAUCAAAAGACAGACUUGUACAGGCUUCUGCCUUAUUUGAUCCAAACAACAUCACCUUUCAACAUCUCUUUCAGCCAGAGUAUCAGCAUGUCUUUCCUCCUCCAGUUUAUUCUAGGGAUGAGAAAGUUCUGCUGACAUUGCAAAAGCUUGGGCUAAAAUCAAAAGAAGACAGUAUUUCACCUGAAGACCUUGUAAAGGUGGCACAAUUAAUAGACAGACGACACAGCCAGGCUAAUGAUAUCAGCAAUGUGUGUAAAAAAGCUGAAGCUUUAAUUAAAGUAUGCAACACAACGUCUGUUUUGGCCAUCUGUUCUUAUCAAACUGUAGAGCAAUUAUUGUCUUUACAUUGGGUGCCCUGUAACAGUCUCCCAAAAGCAUUGACAGAAUGCACAAAUUUAAAUAUUGAUUUUAAUAAACCUGAAAAUGUAAGAGAUUCAAAGUAUGCCAGCAUUAUUGGAUUAGUAAUGCCACUUACUGACAAAUUUACUGAGAAAUCAAGCAAACUUUUGGGACUACUCAAUCAACCACCACCUAAGAAGGUGGUUGAAAAUCUUCUCUUCAUUGUUGAUCAGGUACACACCAAUAGUAACUCACCAUGCAACUUCCUGACAGAUUUGCAAAGUAUCUACGAGUAUAUGCAGAAACACCUAAGUCAGUUUAAAACUCUUUUACUUGCCAUAGAACAGCCAUGGAUCUGGAAUGGGUGUGGGUUUUCAUACCCGCAGCAUAUUGUUUUUUCCUAUCAUGAAGAUUUAGAUCUCAGCUGUUAUGUAAAGAGAGUCCCACGGGAAAUAUCCCAGUACAAAGAGUUACUGACUGAAUGUGCAGUGAAAACAUGUUUCAACGAUGGUGAAAUUAUUCAAAUACUUUAUCACAUAAAAGAUAAUUUAGAUAAACUAAACUCUGGUUGUGGUAGCCCAAAUGAAUUAAAGACCAUCAUUUCCAUACUUGAUUGGAUGCGCAGAAAUAAUCUUCCAUUUAACAAUGACCUUCCAGUCCCUGUAUGGAAAGACGGCCAGGGUAGAUUCUGCUUAAAACCAUGUUCCAAAGUUGUUUUUUGUGAUCUAGAUAAAGCUACCCUGGAGGAUAUUAUCAAAAAUGAAAACAUUUAUAUUGUUCAUAAAGAAGUAUGUCUUGCAAUAGUUGAAUGGCUGAAUGUGCCUCCUUUAAGUAACAAAGUUUUGCAACCUGAAUUAACUGGAAUUGAGCAAUAUGGACAAGUGGAACCCAUUGUACUGAGAAUAAAAAACAUUCUGAAAGAAUAUGAUCAAGAACAUGAUCUCUUCAAAGAGUUGCUUCAAAAUGCUGAAGAUGCUGGUUCAACAGUUUGUAGUUUCCUGGUAGACAUGAGACAAAACAAAGAUGUGCCUGAAAGUCUUAUUGAUCCUGGCAUGGCCCCAUGCCAUGGACCAGCACUUUGGUCAUACAACAAUGAGUGUUUUACUGAUGAUGAUUUUCACAAUAUAACAAGAAUUGGGACAGGUUCCAAGGAAACCCAAAUCGAUAAGAUAGGUAAAUUUGGACUUGGAUUUAAUUCUGUUUAUCAUAUAACUGAUGUCCCUUCAAUCCUCAGUGGAAAAUACUUACUUAUUUUUGAUCCAAAUGUCACUCAUCUUAAGAAACAUAUCCAUUGUGUAACCAACCCAGGAAUAAAACUAAACCUUUAUGAUCAUAAGGACUUAAUUCAAAAAUUUCCUGGACAGUUUAAUCCCUACAAUGGAAUAUUUGGAUGUAAUUUUAAAACUGACUCUGGAGAACAUUUCUAUUAUGAAGGAACUCUCAUUAAGUUACCCUUCAGAACACCAGAGGAGGCUGCAGUAUCAGGGCUUUCCAAUAAGUAUUAUAAUCAGAAACACAUCAUGUCCUUGGUGGAAAGCUUCAAGCAAAUGUCAAAAGAUCUUGUCAUAUUCCUAAAGAAUGUGAGAAAAGUUUCACUGAAAUUUAUCAGUGAACAUUCAGCUCAUGAAAACCAGAUAAUCUCUGUAUUCAAAAUGGAAAGACAAAUACUAAACUUAAUUGAGAUGGCAGAUAACUUUCCAAUUAAAAAAAUGCAACAAAAUGCUGUGAAUGUACUGGAAAGUACAAAUAAAUUUUCUAAAAAAAUUAGAAGUUUUAGCACCUCAACUAUAAUACAGUUUACAGAAGAAACUAUAGAUAAUCCCAAUCACAUAAAAUACUGGUUGGUUCAUUCAUGUUUUGGGAUGGCAAAAGCCUUACAGAUUGCUUGCAGUAAAACAACAAAUACAUAUUUUGCCCCUCCUCUUGGAAGCGUAGCUAUACCUCUUAAAAAGAAGAAAGAAACUGGACAUUGGAUGCCAAACACUGAAGUUGAAGUGGGACAGGUAUUCUGUUUUCUGCCUCUUUCACUUCAAUGUGGUCUUCCAGUUCAUAUUAAUGGAUCCUUUGCAGUUACCUCAAACAGGAAGAAUCUUUGGAGCUCUGGGCCAAAAGGAGAUUGGAAUCAAGCCCUUUUGGAAGAUGCAGUUUCCACAGCUUAUGUUACAUCUAUUUCACUCAUGCAGCAAAUGUCACAGAAAGGAGAAUUUGAAAAUUAUGAUUACUACACAUUUUGGCCUAAUGUAAAAAAUGUUGAUAAUCAGUUUAGAGUAAUUGUGGAAAAUUUCUACAAAGCAAUUGCACAUGGAAUCAAUGGUGUUACAGUCAAAGCAUUCAGCAAUGGAAAAGACUGGUGCCCAAUCAACCAAGCUUGUUUUUUAGAUUCAUCAAUUCUUAAAAACAAAAGAGUUGGAGAGUCUGCUGUUACUGAGUUUUCCAAAUUUCUUUCAAAACCUUAUAUUUCAGUUCACUUACCAGAGUGGGUUAAACAAAGUUUUAUUGCCAGUGGAUGUGGCCAUUCUAUUGAACAGAACACAUAUGAUUGGGAAUUGUUUUAUAAGGAAAUUGUAUUUCAGAACUUAGACACUAUAAAUCCCAAAACUAGGAAUGAUUUUAUUAUUUAUGCAAUUGAUAUAAGGAAUUCUUCUAUUGAUGAAAUGUUAAGCAUAAAACCAUGCAUGCCAGUUAGUGGGAAGAAAGAUCUCCAGUAUAUCAAAAAUCUUGUACACCCAGAAGGCAAGAUAGCUUGUCUUUAUGAUGCAGAGGAAGGGCGAUUCCUUAGAGGAACUUCUGAAACUUUUCUCCAUCCUGAGAGAUUAUUAAGGUUAGAAAUGUUAGGGAUGGUAAAAGACAAAAUUGCUUUCCCUGAAUUACUUGAAAGAGCAGUGACCAUUAAACAAGUAUGGGACCUUGACAGGAACAAGGCAUACCAAAGAGUGCGUCAUAUCCUGGAUCUGCUCAAAGACCUAAAUCAGCUUGGUGAUGAUGAGCAACAAAACUUACAGAAUGUGCCAUUUCUUCCUGCUUUUCUUCCAUAUAGUCAGGAACAAAAUGUUUCUUUAGAUACUGUUGUUUUAACAAAAGCAAAAGACUUGUACAGUUGCAAGUUCCAAUUACUAGUGAACAUGACAGAAAUGGUGUUAGACAAAGAACUGCUGAAAGGAACCAAGUUGUCCACUGAAGCUGUUUCCAUUCUAGGUUUGAAUAGACAACCACCCGUUAGGACAGUGUUGGAACAACUUAAGCAUGUGUAUACAUACAAUAAUAUAGCAACCAGUGAUCUAAAAAGGAUAACUAAAGAAUGUUACAUCUACUUAACUAAACAAUUAAAGGGAGAUCCAGAGUCAAAAAAGGAAAUCUAUGGUGCUGCUCAAGAAUUCCCCUUUAUUUUAGUUCAUGGACAGUUUGUGUCUGUCAAUUUGGUUGCUCGGAAGGUUUCAUUUGAUGCAGUUCCAUAUCUUUAUGAACUUCCCAAAGAAUAUGUGGAAUGUGAGGAAUUGUGGAAGUGCCUGGAGAUUAAGGAAUAUUUUAGACUGCAAGAUUAUGUCUCAGUUCUGAAAAGCAUGUCAGAUAAAUACCAUGGAUCAAGGCUGUCUGAUAGCGAUCUUGCUAUCUGUCUUAGAAUUGUAACAACUGGAUUCAUUGAAGCAUCCGACCAGGAAGACAUUUUGCAAAAUGUUCUGCUGCCCAAUCAGCACUGUAUUCUUCAGUCUGCUCAAACGCUGCAAUACAAUGACACACCAUGGCUUGUUGUAGGAGAUGAUGUAAAUCUCUGCCAUAAUCAGAUAGCUAGAGAAACAGCUGUCCGUUUUCAUGUUCAGACAAUGAAACACCGAGCGCUGGAAGUUUUACAGGUCAAAGAUAUGUCUGUAUGGGCACAGGAAUUUGGCCAACAGGAAAAACUAACAGUACGCUUAAAAAAUAUCAUCAAAGCCUAUCCAUCCAAGAAAGAUAUUCUAAAGGAGCUGAUUCAAAAUGCUGACGAUGCUGAAGCCUCAGAAAUCCAUUUUAUUUGGGAUCCCAGAAAACAUGGCACUACAAAAACCUUUGGCGAAGAAUGGAAUGCACUUCAAGGACCUGCACUAUGUGUUUAUAAUAACAAGAAGUUUUCAGACAAAGAUAUUGAAGGUAUACAACAACUUGGAGAAGGUGGCAAGCGCAACAGUCCAGAGAAAACUGGAAAAUACGGCCUUGGUUUUAAUUCAGUGUACCAUCUGACAGACUGUCCUUCUUUUAUGUCAGGUGACAGUAUGUUGUGUAUCUUUGACCCUAAUUUGGCUGUGCUUUCCACAGCAAAGUCACAUUCUCCAGGUGGUAUGUUUGCAGUCAACCAGAAGUUUAAAAGUACAUUUGAGGAUGUUUAUAAUACGUUUCUUCCAUCUUUCUUCAAUCUUGAGGAAGGUACCAUGUUCCGAUUGCCAUUGAGAACAGUAGAAAUGGCAGAAAAAUCAGAUAUUUCAAAGCAAGCAGCCACAAAGGAUAUGAUUUUAGAAUUGCUAGAGGUAUUGAAAGACGAUUCCGACAGUCUCCUUUUGUUUUUGAAUCAUAUCAAGAAAAUUAGUUUUCAUAAAAUAGACAAAAAGUCAAGCGAAUUGCAUGGAAUGUAUACUGCAGAAGUAGAUAUGUCUGAGGAAAGCACCAGGGAGCAGGAACAUUUACGAAAUUAUAUCCAAAAAUGUUUGAGUUCCAUGACUGGAGAAUCCAAAAUAGAAUCCCAUCAAGUAAUAUAUGAAAUGGAGAUACGAUCUUCUAACAAACAUCCAACCAAAUGGAUAUUAGCAAAUAAAGUGGGGGUUUCUAAUACAGAAGUAGCUGAGUCAGUGCAGAACUUUUGCUCAAGCUUGGGUCAGAUACUUUUGCCUCGGGGUUCUGUUGCAGCUUGUACUAACUGCAACAGUUUUCAAGGUAAAGCCUUUUGCUUCCUGCCUCUGCCCAUUGAGACUGGUCUCCCAGUUCACAUCAAUGGAAACUUUGCUGUUGACUUUGCCAGGCGAGAUCUUUGGAAACAGGAUGGGCAAAGUGGAAAGAUGAAAUGGAACAACUUUUUAAAAUUACACCUGAUUGCUCCUUUAUAUGCUGAUUUACUUGAUUACAUGCAGAAAAAAAUUGCAGACAGCAAUGUGGAUCCUCUAAAAUUUAACAGUUUAGAAUUAUGCAAAAACUAUAUUGAACCUGAUUACCUAUGGUUCUUCCCUCAUGUUUCUGAAGAUGUUCCUCAGGAAUGGCAAUUAAUGAUAAAUCAGAUUUACAGGUGCAUAUAUCAGAAGGGUCUUUGUCUGAUCCCCACAAUCAAACAUGAAAGUAAUCAAUUACAUGAUGAGAAGAAGAUCAUUAAUAUUACAUGGUCCAGUUUGACCAAAGAAAAACGAGCUGAAGUUCCUCACUUUGUAACUGCUCACAUAACUGGGAAACUGACUGAAAUUUUAGAAGACAUUGGUAUGAAUUUAGUGCUGCAAUCUGACUUUAUGACCAAAGUAUUAAAAAGUUUGGAAAGAGCUUGUAUGGAUGUAUUCAUUUUAAAUCCAAGCACAGUCAGAAAGUUUCUUCAGAUCCAUCCACUGAACAACCCAGAACUAACGAAGACUAACUAUCCCUUACUACUCAGCGAAUCCCUAAUUAAAGAUGGGACCAGAUGCAUGGCACUUUUGGACUACUGUCUCUCUGAUGUGAAGGAUGGAAAUUAUAGUUGUUUAAAUAGUUUACCACUGUUGGUCACACAAGAUAAUAUGCUGGGAAAAUUUAAACGCAUCUCUCCCAAAUAUAUUUCUAAAUUUCAUGAUUUAUUUCCGGAAUCCCAGAAGUACUUUGCAAGCUAUGAUGUCAACAAGAAAUAUAAAGACUUCUUAGUUAUAGCUGGCUUUUUAGAAGACUUCACAAUUUCAAGGGCUGAGCAAUUCAUCCGAAGCAAGCUUGGUUAUAAGUUUCAGAUUAACUCCACUGACCCACAACUAUGGCUGAACUGGACUGAAAAUGAGCAGUUCAUAGAAUGGCUGAAAAAAUUGUGGAAAUAUUUUGAGAGCCAAAUAAAGAGUGAUGAUGAUAAGGAGAGCACAGUUGAUAAGCUUAAGUUAUUAUUUUCAGACCUUGCAAUCUUACCAGUGUUAUGCCCAAGUUAUACUGACCAGCCCCUCCUUGCACCACUCGGAUCAUUACAUAGUGUUAUCUGCGAAAUGACCCAAACUAGUAUAGCACGAAUUUUGCUGAAGCUUGGACUUGCUAAAAUUGCUGCAGAUUACUUUUCAUUGAAAGUAAUGUUUAAUUUUAUUAGACCAAAUUCCAUGAAAACUGAUGAUAAAAAUGCCAUUUUACAACAUCUGCGUCUGACAAAAUUAAACUGGAAUAAUUUAAAUGAGUGGGAAAUAGAAUCCAUUUUAAGGUUUCUUCAUUCUGGAAUUGAAGCAAGUGAUGAUAAACGUAAGUACCAGGAACAGCUAAAAACACUGCCGCUCUUUGAAACAAUGGAAGAGACUUUUGAAAGUAUUGAAAUGUACAAUGUGGUUUAUAUUCUAAAUACUCAGUUAAGUGACACAUUUCCACAUUUGUAUAAAUUGGACAGUUCUUGUAUGUUUUUGAAAAAAACAAGGAUAAACACUGAGGUAUCAGAAGAUUUAGGCAUUCAAAUUAUAGAUGAUCUGCAGUUCUUUAUGGAUUACAUUCUUCCUAACAUUGAACAAAUAUUUAGUGAUCAAAAAUUGGAUGUCAUACACCUGUUGUACAAUAUAAUUUGCUGUUAUCCCCUAGCCUAUGAAGUGAAAAAAGAACAAGUUGUGUCUGGUCUGAAAAAUGUAAAACUAAUCAAAGCUAAAAAUGGGAUAUUUCAAAAAGUUUCAUAUUUCUAUGAAAAUAGUGGACGGUUAUUUAAAAUUAUGAUUCCUGCAGAAAAUUUUAUUCCUGAGGACUUUUUUAAAGCUUUGGGAUGCCACCUUGACGAUUCCAAUUUGAACAAAUUGCUCAAGGAUCUGGGAUUAAAGUGCAUUGUGUCUUCAGAUGACUUUAUUGCUUUUGCAACACAAGUUUCAGAAGAAGUCAAACUGCAUGCUCCUUUGAAAGAACUAAUUGAGAAAAGUGAAGCUUUAGUCACGUACUUAUGCAGCAUUAAUGAGGAAAAUCUCCAGAAGAAUUUUUAUGAAAAAGUAGCAAGUAUCAAAUUUGUUUAUCCACACAAAGUUCGGGAGAGUUUGCGGGGCUUGCAUUCUCCUUAUGCAGAAGGGAGAAACUUUGUUGCUUUAAGAGAUUCAUUGGUGAAACAUCGGGAUGAAGAUGAAGAGCUAGUUUGGACCUCAAUGCCAAUCCUGCCAACUAAAUGUAGCCAGUCAAGAAAUAAUAUAAAUAGAUUAAAAGCUGCUGGAGCUAUUUGUAGUCCUCCAGAAAAUGUAGUUAUCGCAAACCUUAGGAAAAUAUGCUUAGCUCCCUGCACAAAUCAGAGCAUUAUAAAAACCAGAUCAAAAGUGCUUCAAACUGCUUAUGGCUUUCUUCAAAAUCGUGUAUUUGACGUCCAAGCCCUGACAGACCUUCCCAUUGUUCUUGUAGAAGAGGAUUCUAAACUGGUAAAAAUCAAUGAGGUGGUGUUCUCUUUGCAAAAUUAUCUUGAGUUUUGUCCUUAUUUAUAUCGGCUUCCCCCACUUCUAGCUCCAUACCGUGAGUUUUUCCAGAAGUUGGAUGUUGCUUUGGAGCCAUCAGCUUCCCACCUCACCCAAGUGCUUCGGUCUCUUUAUGGAGAUUCCAGCAAAGUUAAUAGCUUAAAUCAAAACCAAAUGACAACAGUGAAACGAACCUUAUAUUUCUUAUUUUCACUUCUGGAGUCGAAAACAGAGGAACGCGCACCUGAGAAACUAAAGCCAUUAUAUCUUCCAGCAAGUGAUGGUUUUCUGUAUGCAUCAGAAACAUUAUGUUUUAAUGACAGAAUUACCACUGGUUCUAGAAGAGAUGCCAGUGCUCUAAAAGAAAAGUUUAAUUUUCUUCUAGAUCUGGCUGAAUGCUAUCUAAAUCCUGAUCCUUAUAAGCAAAUAAAUCUUAUACAAUUUCUACCUGAAGAGAUUCGCCCCAAGAUGCUUUCACAGUUAACAGAGGAAGUACUCAAUGAAUCAGUCCUACGCAUAUGUCCAUAUGGAGAUAAUUGUGCAUUCAGAAAUGAUUUUCACAAGAUCCUUGUGUCCUCUAGUUUUAGAAUUGGGUUAGUGAGUUUGUUAAAGGGUCAGUGUAGUGGAGAGCUGUCUGUGAAUGAUGUUGAGCGUGACUGUGAAAAUGUCUUUUCCAAAAUACAAAUUAUUUGUUGUGAGAAGCUGGAAACUAUCCUUUGUUUAGGAUCAAGACAACUGAGUAAUACCAGCAUUGACAAACAAGUGUACACUAAGAUGAACAACAUGGGAAGUGGUGUGGUUUAUCUGGAGCAUAGGGAGAAUGUGCCAUUCAGUAUGAAAACUGUGAUAAUACAUUCUCUGGCCACAGAGAUUAAUUUACUCUUGAAGAAUGCUUUAAACAAAGAUUCACUGUUAAUCUUGGUGUUGAUGCUCAGCUGUGAAAAUCCAGAAGACAUCCCAAAAGUACUGGAAGGUAAAGGCAUCCACACUGGUAAGUUAAAAUUUGAGGUUUCCCUGGACCUGCCAAAUCCUGGAGAACCAAUUCCUGAAGAACUAAUUCAUACAUUAGAAAUGGAUAUUAUGUAUAAUUUCAGAGUUGGCGAGUAUGUAGGUUAUAAAGGCCCCACUUCCAACGAAUAUCUGUAUGCCAUUUUUAUUGAACGAUUAAGCACAGAUACGUUUUUCAAAGAUAUUAGAAUGCAAAAGUACAAAAUAAAAAUAGGACAUGACUCAUUUAUUGUAGUCAACCAUCUUGAUGUCUAUAAAUUCAUUCAACAAAAAGCGCCUGAGGAGGUCAGCCAGAAUCUUGUUGUAUUAGAUUUGCCAAAGGACCAACAACAAACAUUUGGUCAGAAAUAUGAAUCUUUUGACAACAUUAAGAAAGAAAUUCAAGAAUACCUGAAAGAAAUAAGGAAUCUUCCAAGGGAUGAGAGACAAAAGGCAAUUCGUCGUCUUUACCUUAAAUGGCAUCCAGACAAAAAUCCAAAUAAUAUUGAAGUGACAACCAAGCUGUGUCACUUUAUUCAAGAGAAGGUAAAGCAGCUAGAUAUCAUCAAUGCUGAGAAUGGAAGCAGCUCGUCAACUUUCAAAAGCUCCUUUUCUCAUAAAGAGGAAGAUUUUUCUUCUUUCUUUAACCAAUGGAAUACUGAAGCAUCAAGGCAUAAGCAGAGCCACUCACAGCAGAAGAAGAAUCAAUCAGCAAGUGAAUUUUGGUCAUUCCCAAAGAGAAGUCAGUCCAACCCAGAAGAAGCUCAGAGAUGGUUUAGACAAGCAAAAUGUGACUUUAAAGCAGCACCCAAUGACCUGGGCAGCACUGGUCGCGACUGCACUGCCACCGAAUGGCUUUAUUUUAAAAUCCAUCAAGCAGUGGAAAAGGCUUUAAUAGCUGCAGAAUACAUAUAUAGUGGAAAAUGUGUUAAUGACCACAGCAUUACUUUCCUUGCUAGCCAGGUAUCUAGAUAUAGUACAAAACUCUCAGACCUGGAGAAGGUAGUGAUUAAACUUAGAGAGCUUGGGGUAGAUAGCAAGAAGACCCAGUAUCCCAACUAUCAUUCACAACCCAAUGUUCCAAAUGACCAAUUCAAGGCAGGGCAUGAGCAGGAGGUUCUGAAUUUAGCACAAACAGUACUGGACUAUAUUGAAGACUAUAUCAUGAGUAACUCAUAAAAAGCAAUCUUCAAUGAUCAAUGCUGUUUUAAUGUAAUUAAAAAUCAAUGUCUGACUUUAGACUAGAACUAUUGCUUAUGCACAAAAAUUGCAAUAUAUGUGGUUAAGUACAUUAAAUUUGUCACCUUUAAGUACUGAUAUUCCAUAAAUUCUUGUUUGACCUUGUACACACAAGUGUUUGACACUGAGGUACCUGCCAAUUGAACAAUUUACUGAUUAGAAUGCUGACAAAUGGUUACUGUUUUCACUGUAAUUUACUUAAAUCAGUUUCUCCAUGUAUAUAUCUGUUAAAUAAUUGCUUCUAUUCAGUGAAUAUAAACUUUAAAUCUAAAACCAUUUUCUAUCUGCAGUCAUUGCAUUCAGUUUUGUAAACAGCAAUUUACAAAUAAAAUAAGA